AUGUUAGACCAAAAAUCAGUCCUGGAUUCACAUCGCAUUGUAUGGGGAGCCCUGGAGCUGUCCCUGCGGCUUACGUUCCUCCUAAGCGUGGCUUGGCGCGAUCUAGGCCAGGUCGGCUGGAAUUUGAUCGUCCCUCGCCUUUUCUCUCCUCGUGUUCACUUCUUUGAACCUCGCAUACCUUCGCCAGAUGGCAGGAUGCGACCCCAACGCGUGAUCCUGCUUCUUGCAUUCAUCUUUUUUGCUGUUUUCUCUUUGAUCCUCCUCCAGAACCCGAAACCCAGACGGCUGCCUGUAGACCUUCCACCCCCCGAGCCUCUCCAACACCCGAAACCCCGUGCGGGCCAGACAUGCCCCCCGGGAGAAGGUACACCCAAUCGCUCGACCAACCUGGCCGAGGCGGUGCAGGAGUACAAGCGUCGCUACAAGAUGCACCCCCCGCCUAACUUCGACAAGUGGUUUGAGUUUGCGCAGGCCAAGGGUGUUCAGCUGAUUGAUGAGUUUGACUCGAUCUACCAUUCAUUGCUGCCAUUCUGGGCCCUGCACCCGCAAACCAUUCGGGAGCGCGCUCGCGAGACCCUCGGCUUUGACAAUGCCGUCCUCGGGGUGUUGAUUCGGAAUGGCAGAGUGACUUUGACCGAUGGGGGAGGCGACGGCUUCAAAUGGCAACGCGAAGCUACUGUUGGGAUGAUGAAGGAUUUCGUGAAGUAUCUGCCAGAUAUGGACCUGGUCUUCAACACCCAUGAUGAGCCUCGUGUGGUGAUUCCUGCCGAAGACCUCCAACGUUUGGUGCAGGUUGCCACAGACCGUUCCAUCCCAUCUUCCUUCCAGAACCCCAGCCCUGCCAAUGCCUGGUCGCCGCGAGCAACGGAUAUCAACAAAGGCGACCGCAUCGACGAAGUUCGCACUACUCGGUUCAAUCGAUUUGCGCACCAGCCUACCUGGACCAACUCUCGAAUCUCUUGCCCCGUCAAUAGCCCUGCUCGAUCCCUCGAAGAUGACCCGGCAGAUGAUGAUGCGUCCUACGCACACGGAGAAUUGGGUUUUAUCUACAACACCACCGCUUUUUCGGAUAUCUGCUAUACCCCUUCUCUGCGCUACUCGUAUGGAUUCUUCGACCGCCCCAAUGCGUUCGACGUGGUCCACGACCUCUUCCCCGUAUUUUCGCAGAGCAAGAUCUCCAGCUUCCAGGAUAUCCUGUACCCUAGUCCCUGGUACUGGGCAGGGAAAGUGUCAUAUGACAAGCGCAAGGAUUAUGCUUGGGAGGCCAAGACCAAUCACCUCUACUGGCGAGGGUCGACAACGGGUGGAUUUUCUCGUGCUGGUGGUUGGCGACGUCAGCACCGUCAGCAGUUUGUGGACAACUUGCAUCCCCUGAGGGACACUAAAGUGCUCACACAGCAGCCGGAUAAGACCUGGGUCUCACAGGUAGUGAAGCAGGAACUGUUCAAAGACAUGUACGAUGCUAAAUUCACCCUGAUUGGCCAGUGUGAUCCGGAUGACUGCCAUGCUCAGGAGGAGUACUUUGAUGUUGUCAAGGCUGCUGGGCAGCAGGACGCAUGGGCCCAUAAGUUCCUGGUCGAUAUCGAUGGAAACGCUUUCAGUGGGCGUUUCCAUGCCUUCCUGCUUAGCAACAGCUUCGUUUACAAAAUCGCUAUUUUCCGUGAGUGGCACGACGAGUGGCUUAAGCCUUGGGUGCAUUAUGCGCCCCUCAGCCUGAAGGGCAAUGACUACGCAGAAAGCCUGCGGUACUUUGCCUCUGAAGAAGAGGGUAAGAAGGUUGCGCCGCGGAUCGCGGCCCAGGGUCAAGACUGGGCUCGGAAAGUGCUUCGAAAGGAAGACCUGGAGGUUUGGUUCUUCCGUCUGUUAUUGGAGUAUGGCCGUUUAGUGGAUGACAACCGCGAGCGACUGGGAUUCUCGUUGUGA